CACGCGCGUGUCUGGUGCUGUCGCCGGGCUCCCUCCCUCCCAGCAGCCGGCCCCCGUUGGCUGCCGGUGACAGGCGGAGCCGGCCUCGCUGCUGCCCGGCAUGAGGGGGGGCGGCUGCGCCGCGGCCCCCGCUCACUAGCCCGGCCGAGCCGCGCCGCGCAGGCGGGCCCGGGGAGCGGCGCACCAUGCGGCUGUGCGGGGCGCUGCUGAAGAGCCCCAUCCCCAAGCAGAUCGAGCACUACUCGCGCUUCUCCCCCUCGCCGCUCUCCAUCAAGCAGUUCCUGGACUUCGGACGUGAUAAUGCAUGUGAGAAAACAUCAUAUAUGUUCCUACGGAAAGAACUUCCUGUGCGGCUAGCUAAUACCAUGAGAGAAGUCAAUUUGCUGCCUGAUAACUUGCUAAACAGGCCUUCAGUUGGGCUAGUUCAGAGUUGGUACAUGCAAAGUUUCCUUGAGUUUUUAGAAUAUGAAAAUAAAAGCCCUGAGGAUCCUCAUAUUCUGGAUAACUUUUUAGAAGUUUUAAUUAAAGUAAGGAAUAGACACAAUGAUGUGGUUCCUACCAUGGCUCAAGGGGUGAUUGAGUACAAGGAAAAGUAUGGCUUUGAUCCGUUUGUUAGCAGUAACAUCCAGUAUUUUCUAGAUAGGUUCUACACCAACCGCAUCUCUUUCCGUAUGCUUAUUAACCAGCACACACUUCUUUUUGGUGGAGAUACUAAUCCUGCUCAUCCCAAGCAUAUUGGAAGUAUUGAUCCUACCUGUAAUGUGGCUGAGGUAGUAAAAGAUGCUUAUGAAACAGCUAAGAUGUUGUGUGAGCAGUACUAUCUGGUUGCACCAGAGUUGGAAGUUGAAGAAUUCAAUGCUAAAGCUCCAGACAAGCCUAUUCAAGUAGUCUAUGUACCCUCACAUCUGUUUCAUAUGCUAUUUGAGUUGUUCAAGAACUCAAUGAGAGCUACAGUGGAAUUACAUGAAGGUAGGAAAGAAGGCUAUCCAUCAAUUAAAACGUUAGUCACUUUGGGGAAAGAAGAUCUAUCCAUAAAGAUAAGUGAUCAAGGAGGUGGUGUCCCUCUGAGAAAAAUAGAUCGUCUGUUUAACUACAUGUACUCAACAGCACCCAGGCCUAGUUUGGAGCCAACAAGAGCUGCACCUUUGGCUGGAUUUGGGUAUGGUUUGCCAAUCUCUCGUCUUUAUGCUAGAUACUUUCAAGGAGAUCUCAAACUCUAUUCAAUGGAAGGCGUGGGUACUGAUGCUGUAAUUUAUUUGAAGGCUCUUUCAAGUGAAUCAUUUGAAAGACUUCCAGUUUUUAAUAAGUCAGCAUGGCGACACUACAAGACUACACCUGAAGCUGAUGACUGGAGCAAUCCUAGCAGUGAACCCAGGGAUGCAUCUAAAUACAAAGCUAAUCGAUAAUUUACCACCUUUGUCUCUCCCGAAGACGACUUCUGCAUUCAGUUUAAAGUCUAUGCUUUGUUCCAAAAUCCUCUGAACCAUAGUAGCCAAUUACUUCCAUACAAAGUCCUAUCAGGGCACUGAAAUUACAAAACCAAAGUGAUGUAUGAGACUUAAGAAAAGCACUAAGCAUUUUUGGGGUGGGUGGUGUUAUAACAACUUUACCAAAAUAUGCUUGGUUAGUUUGGUUUUAUAUUGACAAAUGAGAUUGCACUUAAGUACACAACUGUAUAGUGAAAGGGUAUUAUUUCUUAAU